AUGGCUAUGCCCCUUCCCAGUACUACUCUCACACCCGGCUUGGAGUUUCGAGACCACUUCUAUACCGAUCGAUCCAAGGUGUUUGAUCACAAUGCGGAGAGAGCGCGCGCCAUUUUGGAAACGAAACUAUCCGCAUUGAACGGUUUGGAGGCCCUGAUCCAACUCACAUUCGGCGACGUCACACAGUCGAAAGCGCCGAUAUUCAUUGACGCUCGGUGUGGAGCAGCCAGCAUAUAUGACGCAGCUCCACCAGCAACCGAGCCUGACGUUGAGAUUACCAUUAAACCGGAGUAUAUAAUCCAGUUCUCGGAGGGCGUGCUUGAUCCCCGACUGGGCAUGUUCAAAGAUGCACUAUUCCAUGAAACAUCCAUGCCGAAAGGCGAUAUUCCGAAAGCAGUUCGCUUUGCGGACCUUUUGACUCCGGACCCCCCUGUCGCGCCCAAGCAUGCUGAUGCCUUCAUUGGGCAGGAGCUUCCCAAGCCAACAAGUGACAUCUCACAGGUCAAGAGAGACAUACAGAAAUUCGGCUACGGAUUUGUUGAAAAUGCUCUAUCUCAGGAAGAGGUCCGGAUCUUGAAAAAGGCAGUCCAAGAACAAGCUGCAGGUGAACGCAAAGAUGGAGUAGCAACGUUCGAUGGAGGUCCUCACGCGCCCAAUCAACGAAUUUGGAAUAUAAUCAACAGGGGCGACGAGUUUAUUGACUUGCUCAACCAUCCACUGAUUGAUGAAGUCAUCCCGUGGUAUCUCGGGGACCACCCCAUAAUUUCUUCUUACUCUGCGAAUAUUGCGCGACCAGGCAAUGUCCCCAUGCAACUUCAUACUGACCAGAUGGCAAUUACACCACCAAGAAGAGAUAUUGCCUUCGGCAUGAACAUCAUGUUUUAUCUCGAAGACACCACAGAUGUUAACGGCGCAACUCGCGUAUAUCCGGCCUCUCAUCUAGGUAAUGUCGCACCAAGUGACAUAUUCACGGUGGAUGGCUCAGUUGCGGCCGAAGCACCUGCAGGCACGGCACUCGUCUUCGAGAGUCGGCUAUGGCACGCGACAGGCCCAAAUCGGAAAGAGACGGGCGAGCGACCUGUCAUCUUGAUAUUCUUCAUGCGAUCCUUCGUGCGGCCCCAGGAAAAUGUCUAUCUAAGCUUGCGAAAAGAGGUCGAGGCCAAGUUGCCUGAUCGCCAGAAAGCGUUCCUCGGUUUCCGUAGUGCGCCUGGAAUUGGUGGUCAGGACGGCAAUACUCUGGAAGGCCAUUAUGUUAGCCGCAAGGAGGACGCCAUAGGACGACUGCGUGCGCCACACGAGGAGUAG